AUGAAGUUUGGUAAAGAAUUUAUAUCUCAAAUGGUGCCAGAAUGGCAAGAGGCCUACAUGGAUUACAAUUUUCUGAAAACCCUUUUGAAAGAAAUCCAAGUUUUUAAGCGAAGAAGUAAUCCAAAAAUCAAGCAAGAUGGCAGCAGGAGAAAAAAUCUUACCUUGUACAGAGCAUUCAGUGGACUAAUAACGCCCAGAAGCAAUCCUCCCCAAACUCCAUCAGACAUUGAAAAUCAAGUUAUUCUUGUGAAUACAGUGAGACAAAAUGGAGAAGAAGGCUUGGAAACUAUGUUUCUCAAUGCAGCAGAUGAAGGAGGAAAAUAUGAACUUGUUUACUUUGAAAAACUUGAUGGUGAGUUUAAUAAAGUUGUGAAAUUUUACAAAUCUAAAGUGGAGGAAGUAAUGAAGGAGGCUGCCGUUUUGAAUAAGCAAAUGGAAGCUCUAAUUGCUUUUCGGAUUAAAGUGGAGAAUCCAAAAGGGUGGGUGAACAGCUUGGAGGAGAUAACACGCCUUUCUUUGGAUAUUGAAGCUUCUAGAGCAGCCAUAUCAGCAUCUACUCCAUCUGCAGCUAGAGCCAGCAGAAGAAUUCCAAUGGAUGUGAUAGAUGAAGAAAGUUCAAAUAAUCAGGGACAAUCAGACGGAUCAAGUGAUGAUAAAGAUGCCAUUGAGAUGAAACCAGUAUAUUUGAAUGAUCAAAGGCUUAAUCAAAAUACAAUCAGGACCAUAAGACCAGCACCUUUAGAGAUACUUAACCAUGUUAAAUUUAACACUACUCAAGAAACUCCUCGUUCGACCAUUAUAGGGUUUCUCAAUCUUUCAAAUCAAACCGACUUAAAGUUCACCAAGGAUAAUUUGAAGAAAGCAGAAAAACAACUAAAGAAGGCUUUCAUUGAAUUCUACCACAAGCUUAGGCUACUAAAAAGCUACAGCUUUCUUAACAUUUUGGCAUGCUCGAAAAUCAUGAAGAAAUAUGAUAAGAUCGCUUCAAGAACAGCAUCAAAAUCUUAUAUGGCAAUGGUUGAUAAUUCCUAUCUAAGCAGCUCGGAAGAAGUCAGCAAAUUGAUGGAAAGGGUAGAAGCCACAUUCAUCAAGCACUUCUCCAACUCGAAUCGCAGGAAAGGGAUGGGAAUCUUAAGGCCAAAGGCCAAAAAGGAAAGACAUAGAGUUACAUUCUCAACGGGGUUUCUUGUUGGGUGUACAUUUGCUCUCACAGUGGCCCUUGCCUUAAUCAUACGAGCACGCAAUAUCCUAGAUAAAGAAGGCAGAGUUCUAUACAUGGAAACUAUGUUUCCCCUUUACAGUUUGUUCGGAUUCAUUGUUCUGCACACGCUAAUGUAUGCUGCAAAUAUAUACUUCUGGAAGCGAUAUCGAGUGUACUCCUCAGUUUUUGUCUAA